AUGAACCUCACUGGUAUCAAGAUCCAAGAGAUGGUGAGGAAUACGAGGGAGAGACUGGAGGCCGAUUUCUCCAAGCUUGGAACCAAGAUCCACAGGUUCCCACGAGGCUUACGAGGGGUCAACGAGCGCUACAUCGUCCCGAGCUUCGUGUCCCUCGGCCCGUACCAUCAUGGCUCACCGCACCUGCGGGAGACAGAGGAGUUGAAGCACGCGGCAGCCCACUACUUGUGCGAGAAGUCAGGCCGCUCAGUUGAGGAGGUCUACGGCAAGAUCCUCUCCAUCGGCACUGAAGCCCGCAGCUGCUACGCCGAUGGUGCAGUGGCGAAGUUCACGGACGCUGAAUUUGCGGUAAUGAUGUUCCUCGAUGGUUGCUAUCUGCUGCACUAUAUGGACAUGGAUUACCAGUAUGCUUUAUUGUACAAUCGGAUGACCCUGUCCACGGGACCUUGCAUGCUAAGAGAUAUGUUCCUGCUUGAGAAUCAGCUUCCUUGGUUGAUUCUAGAGGCUCUUACGGACUUUUUUAUGCCAUAUCCUGCAUACUACAUUGUUAUUGGUUUGGCGAAAAAUUUUGAUAUCACCCCACAAUAUUUAUCAGAUUCAGAUUCAAAUGGUGCAAGGGUUUCUGUUGACGAACUCAAGAUAUACAGGCCGCCACAUCUCCUUGGGCUCCUCCGGUACCAUCUGAUUGGUGAUAUGACUGGAAAAGAUCAUACUCACAGUCUCACUUGCUCCUCACUAGCCAGCAGUGCGACUGAGCUCGCGGAAAUCGGCAUCAAGCUGACCGCCAACAGCAAGACAUGGUUUGCAGACAUGAGCAUGCAAAGAGACCCUAUCUUGUGCGGCCAGCUCUCACUGGCACCAUUGUUUAUAAAUGAUGCCAAUGCAUGCUGGCUCGUCAACAUGGCAGCUUAUGAGGCCUGCGUGUCCAGCACAACUCCAGCAGAUGGCUUCGUCAUCAGCUCAUACAUCUCCAUACUGGCAAUGCUCGUGGACAAGAAAGAGGACGUGCACGAGCUGCGGACGAAGCACCUCGUUAACAGCUUCUUCAGCACCCAUGAGCUGCUCGUUUUCUUCAAGGACCUUGCUCGCCACAUGCGCCUCGGCUACCGCUACUUUGUCAUCACGGAGAAGAUUGAGAUGUUCAAGCGUGAAAGGCCUGUGAGGAUCGCCGUGCAUAGGUUCGUAUACAACAACUUCAAGACGAUCAUCACUGUGCUCUCUGUUGCUGGUGUGCUCGCAGGUAUCUUCAGAACCUUGAUGAGUCUCAAGCAGCAUCAGCCGUAG